CAAAUGUCAAACAUUCUAUAACCCCCCCCCCCCAAGUCAGUCAAAUCCAAAAAGUUGAAUUGUCAUAAUUUCGGAUUUAUUUUCAUUGUUAUAAAACCAAAUAGUUUUAAAGAUGAGUGAGGCUGAGAGGACUUUAGUGGACAAGUCUGAGAGCAGUUCAUUUGAGGACUUGGCUUCUGCUGCAGCGCAUGAAAUAGAAGAAGCAAAAUUAGCUGAAGCGGCGGCCGCCGAAAGGGAUAGAUCAGCUGAGAUCAAAACAGACGAGUGGCAAGAUGUACUCGGGUCAGGUGCAUUGCUCAAAAAGAUAAUAAAAGAAGGUAAUGAGUCUUCGGGCUCCAGACCGCAGAGAAGUGACAUAUGCAGAAUCAGUUAUGAACUUAAAAUUCGUGAUACUGAACAUAUUGUUGAGAAAAGGGAGCAAGUUAAAAUAUACUUGGGUGACAAUGAAAUCCUGCAAGGACUGGACUUAGCCUUAACACUAAUGUACAAAGGUGAAGAAUGUCUCCUACAGUUAGCACCUAGAUUCGCUUACGGCGAUGUUGGUCUGAAACCUGGUGAGAGUCUAGGUUUAGUUGGAGAAUUGGAGAGCCCAAAGUAUGAAGGACCUUUAAUAGAUGCGGACACCUGGCUCGAAGCUCGAUUGGAACUUCACGAUUGGGCGGAAGAACCAGAACAUGAAACAUUGCCAAUAGCGGAAAGAAUGGAAAUUGGCACGCGAAGGCGCGCGCGCGGCAACUGGUGGUACACGCGCGGCGAGGCGCAGCUGGCCGUGCAGCUGUACCGGCGCGCGCUGGACGCGCUGGACGAGAGCGAGGGCGGCAUCACCGAGCCCACCGCCGGCGGCGACCUGCCGCCCGCCUCCGCCGCCCUGCGCGCGCUGCUGGACGAGCGGCUGCGCGUGCACAACAACAUGGCCGCCGCGCAGCUGCGCGCCGGCGCCUACGAAGCCGCGCUGCAGGCGGUGACCCGCGUGCUGAUGUGCCAGCCGGACAACGCGAAAGCGCUGUACCGCAAGGCGCGCAUCCUGUCGGCGAUGGGCCGCACGAGCGAGGCGCUGGCGGCGGCGCGCGCGGCGGCGGCGGCGGCGCCGGCGGACGCGGCGGCGCGCGCCGAGCUGCAGCGCUGCGAGCGGCGCGCCGACCGCGACCGCUCCUCCGAGCGCCGCCUCGCGCGCCGCAUGCUCGGCGCCGCCGCGCCGGCCUCGCCAGCCUCGUCCGCCGCGCCAGCCUCGCCAGCCUCGCCCGGCAAGAAGCCGUCCAGAGCCAAGAUGCUAAUGUGGGGUUCGUUGUUGCUGAGUCUUCUGGUGGGUGUCGCUAGCGUGCUCGUGUACCGCUACAAGAUGCAGGCUCACUGACGGGCGUUGAUAGCGCUACUUAUACGGCCAUAAGUUUGAAGUUGAGAGCAAGUGAUGUACGUGUGAAUAGGAAAGGUACACUUUCCGCUACUUAAACGAAUAUGAUAAAUAAAAUUCUAAUCAUAAAGUAAAGGUAGCGUUGAUUACUUAACUGAAAUAUCAUAGUGGAAACAAUUCAUGUCUACUCAAAAGAAAUAAAUUUCCAUUUACAAUGACAUAUUUUUUAUAACUUGUGCUAUUGAUCAUUAAUUUCUACAAAUACGAAUUGUUCAUUUCCUUUUCAAAUGUCGCUCUGUUGACUCUGUCUUACUAAAGCAAUAAUAAACAGCGAAAUUACGUCAAAGCAAAUGUUUAUAUGAAAGUACAUCUGGCGAUUUACAUAUUACUGACUAAUGGAUAUCAAGUAACUUGUCACUUCAAUUUGUGCUUUAUGUUAUGUGUACUAUGAUACAUUUUACUCCGUUACUAGUAGCGAGUACUUACUCAAAUUUAUCUUUGUAUUGUAAAAUGUAUUGUAGUACAUACAUGUUAAAGUUUCAAAUUAAUAAGUUCUCUGCUGCUGUUGUAGCGGUGCUGUUACGGUUCUAGUACAUAGGUUCCCAACCCAACUAAGCUGUACCGCCCCCAUCCGCAGUGGAUGCUGAUGCCUUCCAUAUCUUAGAUAAAUUACUAUAUGUCCAAUAUAUAUAACUUCAAAAAGGAUCCACUCCUUGACUUCGAUUAAAGGACAAGUUAAGGCACAUUAUUUUAGUUACUCUAUUCCAUUAUUCUGUAAUUUUUUUGAUCGGAUUCGUCAUAUUUUCUAUGACGCAUGCUAUGUAUGUAUUUAUAUGUGUAUAUUUAUGUAUUAUAUAUAUAUUGCCCUUACGAUAAGAGCGCCUUUUGUACCUUUAUGUAUAUAUUUAAAUUCGUAUUUAUGUUACUGUAUUUCACUUGAAUUAUUCUAUUGUCAUUGUAUAAAUUUAUGUUUCUGGUGGAAUAAAGAGUUAAAUAAUAAUAAUAAUAGUCCAGAAAUAAAUGAAGGUGUUACUUUUUUAAUGUAUAUUUUUUGCCAUUUUUUUUUUCUAUUUUAUGAUAUUCCAGAUAUUGUUGGGAAUCUAUGCUUCAAUAUAUUUGAUACGUUAUUUUUUAUUUUGCCAGUCAGUACAAGUUUGCACACUUAUACUGGACAAUACUUGUAUCUAUUUAAUUGUAAAAAUGGUGAUAGGCUAGGUUAUAGGAGUUAAAUAUAAUUGUGAUCCUUUAUUUCUUGUUGUGGCUUAUAUCAUACACCGCGGCAAGUCGCAUUUAUAUAAAUUAUAUGUAUAUAUUAUUAUUUUUUUUCUGUAACUCUGUAGGCCCUGUUUAGUUAGUGCCAAAAAUUGGAGUGUACACUCUAGAUAUAUGUAGUUGUAUUUUUUCAAAAAUAGUAUUUUGUCACGUAUUAUAAACUAUAUUUUUAUUGUCAAACGAGACAGUGUGAGAAUAUAUAUUUUUCGAUACUAUAUUAAACUUAAUAGCAGCUAAAACAUGUAAACGCAUUCCAUGGAAAUAACUUUCGUUCUUUUUGUCGAAAGCAUUUUUGUAAUAAAAUUUAAGAGGAAAAAAAAUUUUAGGUAUAAUUUGUAGUCUGUUGUUUUUGGUGCUUAUACGUAGGUUUUAUAAUAUUUUCGAGUCUUGAUUUUAGGGUAUUUACAAUGAUUAGUGCGACAGGGAAAAUUAUUGAUAGCUAUUAUAAAUAUUCAUGAAAAGAUUUUAUUUUGAAUACUUUAUAUUAUGCAACAAUAUAUAAGCUGUAGGCAUUUGUAUGUAAAAUUUACUUUUAAACUCACGUGUAUAAUAUGUAAACAUUCUUGUACUUUGUCGCACUAAAAAUGUUUAGUAAAUGGUGGUAGAGUUUCUCACAGUAACUAGUUUUGUGACCUUUGCUUGGUUAGGUAUCACCAUUUAGCAUGUUCCUAUCGUGAAGAGUCGUUUUAGUGUAAAGAUGUUCCCUCUUAGACAAACGGGAAACAAAUCUAUUAGUAGAUAAGUUUUACGCAUAAGAAAAAAAACGUUUCUGUCGAGAUCUAUCUAAUGCACAUGGCAUCGAAAACUUUACUGCUGAUAGAUUCUUUUGCCGUAGAAGGGCGGAUCAAUAACAAAAAAGUAUAGGUGGAUUAUUAUACAUGAUAUCACAACAUUUAUACCGAAACUAUGGUCAUUGCUUGUCAAAAUAGAUUUUUUUUAACGUAAAAUUAUAGUAAAUAAGUUUUGAUAUUCAUCUCAAAUUAUUAUUAUUUAUUAUUAAAAAAAUAUUCAUCAAAAUGUCGUUAUUAUUUUAUUUUAUUUUUUAAUAAGAAUAAAUGAGCAUGCGGUUCACUUGAUGGUGACUACUGCUGCCCAAGAAUAAAUUCUUUGGUAUUGUAAUAUCUAAAAUUAUUUGAGUAAAAUAUACUGACUCCGAAUAUUGGAGUAAAUUAGGAUUGCAUGCGAUUCUAUAUGACUGUACUCCACUUAUUAAAGUAAAUAAUUUGGCGACAGUGACUGUAAAUUAUUAUUUGAUAGUGAUCUACAUAUACUUUUUUUGUUAGUUUGAAAUCUAAAGUAUUAGGAAAAUAAUCAGUGUGACCUCUAGAACCAGGAGUUUGUGAAACACUUUGGAGUAAAAUAAAUUAAUACAAAAUUGCAUAUAUUUUUAUAUAAAUCGGUUUAUUUAGACAAUCACGUUUAUACAGAGCUGUUGCUUACUACUACGCAUAGACAAGUUCAUGUAAUUACAUUAGAAUAAGGUUGCAAAGUUGAAAUUAGUGGAACCCCUCGUUUCCUCCGAAAUAUGUGAAGGAAAAAUCGUCAAAGGAAAAAUACAAUAUCAAUAUAUGUGUUUUUGCUAUGUAUUUUGGUGGAGAUGAUUGUCGGAACAAUAUAUCACAUGUAAAAACUUAGUAUGAACGAUCUACAUCUUUAGUAAACGUGUAUGUUUAGCGCAUUUCUAAUAAAAAUGUUACUAAAGUAAUUAGUAACAAAGUACUAAAAUGCUUACAUAUUAACUUCACGUGACUGCGCCCCAACAAAUGGAUAAUUAGUUUUAUGAAGUAGCAAGACCUAUAUCUAUUCGGACAUGUUAAAUAUUAGAUUGAAAAAUUUAAACCUAGAUUCGAAUCUGAAUAGCAAAGCAAAUUUGUAAUUAAGCCAUGAAAGUAGUUUUUUGCCCACAGACAGUGCUUAAAUUUUUCAAUAUAAUAUUCAUUGAUUGUACUUCUCACAUAACAAUGUGAAGUUUGCCCUGUAUCUAUUUUUGUAGUGAUAAAUGUAUAGAAAAUUCCACAACUAAUGUUAGAUUUUAUUAAAAAUAAGACUUUUGGUUUGGUGUAGAAUCUUAAUAAUGUAAAGGAGAUAAAUGGAUAAAGAUAUGAAAAUUAAAAACAUGGUGGUCCCAAAUAAAGUUGCUAAUAAAGAAAUUGUUGCAGAUA